AUGGCAAUUAACGGUACCACGAAUGACACGAGGAAGUCCAUCAGUCUCAGAGCACCCAACCCGCCUAUCGAGAACAGUGUUUUCAAAAAAUUUCGGCUAGACAGACGAACAGUCAUCAUCACCGGUGGAGCACGCAAUAUAGGAUCGAAGGUCGCCAGUGGCAUCGCCGAAGCCGUUGCCAACUUCACCGGCAGAUCACCGUCUAGUACAACAGCUUCCAAAGCCGCCGUUUUCAUUGUCGCAGCCAUUGCAAAAGACUUCGGGGUCAAGGUCAAGGCGUACCAAUUCAAUGUCACCGGCUACCCUGCCUUCGAAGCUGCGGUCGCGGAAGCGGUCAAGGACUUUGGCCGUUUGGACGUCAUGAUUGCCAACGCCGGGGUCCCAUUCAAGGCUGGCGGCCUGGACGACGAAGUCAAGGACUGGAAGCGCGUGCGUGAAGUCGACUUUGACGGCGAAUGUAACUACGUGAGGACCGUGGUAUUGGUGUUCCGCCAGCAGAGGAGUGGCGUGGGCAUCAUCAUCGCGUCCAUGAGCCAGCGGCCAUGCUGCAAACGUCCCACAGGAGCAGAGCCGCUACAAUGCUUGCAAUGCAGGAACAACAAGCCCGAGGAACUUGGAAACACUGGCGCCGAGAAUCCCGGCAUGCUCCCGCAAUGCGGAAUUGCACACCAAGAGCCACCAGAGCAGUCCCAGUCAUCAUUGCUCCCGCAAAAUCAUGUACUGUCGUCGACACCGUUCUCCAGCAAGAGUCUAAGUCCCGCACAAGCUCAAAGAGCCACCACCCUCGACAAACCCACAAACGAUGCAGCGCAUAGGGACUUCAACCUCCUUGGGGCUCAUCCCACGGACGACUUUGAGUGGGACCAGCAGGAAACAUUUACAAACUACUCGGCAUCAAAGGCCGUUCUAGAAGCCGACUGGAACAGCGAAGUCAUCGCGGACCCCAUCACAGGCGGCAUGGCCUCGCUGGCCGUCCGCGAAAGGGAGUCAGGCUACCUCGAAGUCGCCUCCGGCGCAUCAGCAGCAAUAAUUCUCACAACCGCCGUGCAGCCGGAUCCCAACAGACACAUCACAGACGCCAUGAUGGACGCCUACUCCCGCCUCUACCACCUCAGCUACCCCAUCGUCCACGAAGCCACCUUCAGAUCUCAGUACGCCGGCGUCAUCCCUCGGCCCAACGGCGACUGCUGGCUCGUCCCGGCAUACACGGCCCGCUCUAUCCUGUCCUUCAACUUCCUCGAUUUGGGCAACCUGAGCCUCGUUCAGGCGCUCACCCUCAUCUGCAACUACCAGAAGAAGCGGGACAAGCCGAAUUCCGGGUACAACUACCUCGGCCUAGGCUCACUAACCGCCAUCUCAAAAUCAUAUCCAGCGGAGACAGACGGCAUCACCCCGUACACACCGGUUGGGACGCAAGCAAGCUUCCACCUCGCCACGACGCCAAUCUACACCAGAGUAUUCUCCAAGCCCCUCCCCUUCCCGGCUGAAAUGAUACACCUCGAACAAGAUCGCCUCGAACCGUGGCUUGCAAGCGUUCCGCCCUACUUCUCAGAAACGAGCCGAGUGCCGCUAAAGUACGCCCUCGCCCACGCCGUCAUGAACUGGCGGUACAGAACCCUCCGCAUCAUCAAGUACGGCCCUUUUGCCAUCUGCCGAGCCUUGCAAGCCCGUGACAGACGACCCGACGACUCGUCUGACGACAUCUGGCCCUUUGAAAUGUGUCUGGAGGAAGCCAAGGUGGCCAUCAUAAGCAUUAGCGAAUUCUGGCAACGAAACGAGCACAACCGCUUAGGUGCCAGGUAUGCCUUCAAUGACGUCGCCACGAGUGCGGCAGUCGCGGCAGCGCCGGCGAUCCGGGCAGAUUACACCACAUCCCUGGGCAACGAGACCAAGGCAGCACCAUCUUCGGCUCCCGAACCCAUAGACGAGAGCCCCUAG